AUGGAAAGGGAGGAAGUUCAGCAGAUGCAUGAUGUUAAGACAUGGAUUAAAAAUUCACUAGGGUUAUCAAGGAAUUUCCGUGUGAAAGAUAUCCAUAUUCGAGAAGCGAACGUCACUUUAACAGGUGGCGCCGACAUAUCCAUUGGACCAACUGAAACGGAUUGCGUCUGGAUUGAAGCUAAGAAAAGAAAAGAGGAUUUUAAAAAAGGUCAAGCCAUGGGAGAAUUGUUAUUAUUAGAUAAACUCAAUCCUAUAAAUUCGAUGACUGUCUUGACGGAUUGCAAUGAUAAUUGGAAUGUUUUCUUUUUCGUGAAGGUAGGAGAUAAGAAUGAAAAAUGCAUAGUAAAAUCUAAAAUUGGUGACCGUGGUAUUGCCUUGGCGGUAAUUAAACUGUUUGUACUUGAAGAGGGAAACAACCUUUUUAAUUGGUUAGGAUGGGAUGUUGAAUAUCAAGUAAAAGUCGACUUACCUGCACCUCUUCAAAAGAGAACGAAGUUUUUCGAACAUAUACCUGAAGCUUAUAAUGAAGACAGAAUAGCUGACAUUGUUGGUGACAUGUCAAGACAGGAAUUAUUCAAUAUGGAUAUUCGCAGAGGGUUAAAGAUGUUAAGAAACUUAUGUAGAUUAGAUGAACAACCACAAAUAGAUCGACUUAUUAGACAGUUUAGUGAUGAUUAUGAAGAUCCACCACCACUGAUGUAA